AUGAGACCUUCGACAUACACUAGUCUUUGGCUUCUUGGCUUCUUCAUGGCAGCUUCUCAAGCUGCAUUCUGCCCGAGGAAAUGGUUACAGUAUCAAGGGAACUGUUACGGGCUUUUCCAUAAGAAGCUGAGCUGGCAUGAGGCUGAGAUUGAAUGCCAAAGCUAUGGCCGUGGGACCCACCUUGCAUCUAUCCUUGCCUGGCCAGAAACACUGAUUGUGUCCAAACACAUCUCUAUUUACAAGAAAGAAAAAGGGGUUGAUGUCUGGAUUGGGCUCCAUGAUGUUCACCAUAAUGGCAACUGGAGGUGGACAGAUGAGUCUACUUACAACUACAAGAACUGGAUGCACGGAGAACCCAACAAUCUUUGGAAUUCUGAGUACUGCGUUGCUCUCCGAGCCUCAGCAGAUUACAAGGGAUGGAUUGAUGCGGUUUGCAUGAAGCAAAAAGCCUUCAUCUGCAAGCAUGAACUUUAG